CUAUCCUGAAGAUUUGUUGAAAGACCUGGAAGGCAAAAAAAACCGUGAAGAUCAGCCUAAAAAACUGGAAAGCACCUGGCUAGAACCGACUGAUAAAAACGACGGGGUGAAGAAGGAAAUAAUGACUGCCAUUCUCAUGGAUGAGAUAAUAAACAAAAUAAAAGAAAAAAGCAAGCGAGGAGAACGGAUUCCAGACAAAGUGAUUGACCUUUUGAAAAAAUAUUACGCCAAAAGAUCUGGCCCAAGACUUUAUUAGACAUUCUGGUGUGAGUGUGUUCUGAGGCCAACGCGUGAGUUGCGAAUCUCAUCGACAACGUCACUUAACUGAGAUAAAUUAGAAGAAGCAAGUUGUGCAUUGUAUAACCAUUUUUAUAUAAACUUAGUGUCAUUUUUAUAUGUUUUCAUAAACAAUAAGAAUAUAUUCUUGUACAAAAUACAAGCUUAUUUUAUCCAAUAAUCUCGUACGAAAGGCGGUAUUAGUUCAGCUAAAGCUGGUUUAUUUUUCAUUAUUUUAUAUUUUAAGUUUUAGUUAAUCCAAUUAAAUAUCAAUAAUUAAGUUUAUCUAUAAUGAUUUGAUAGAAAAUAAACUUUAAGCACUGAGGAACAAAUAAUCUUAACUUACUUUCAACUGAUUUCCUUUGCAUCUUCCAUCCACCUUUGGGAACGAAUUAAUAACAUUUCUUGUUUGGAGACUCAAAGUACUACUUAUAAACAAUCCAAAAACGUACUUUUAGGGCUUCUCGUGCCAUUAUUUCGCUUUAACUAAAUGAAAAUAAAAUGAAAAUAAUUUUUGUAAAAAGUUGGUUAAUAAAAUCUAGUCGUUUCUCGGUGCAUUGUGGUCUUGAAGCCUCUUUCUGGUACUUGCUGAUCGUUGUUCAAAACUAGCCGAAGAUUUUUCUAUCUUUGAUCAACUUUUUUAGAUUUUUAGAGCUUUUUUGACACUUUAUUCACUAAUAUAAAGCAAUGAAAGAAAGCUACGAUGCUGGGUUUGAGUCUGAGGACUCAGAAUAUGAGAGACCUGUAUUAACAGAAAAAGAGAAAAUCACGGUUGAUGCAUUCUUAAAAUCGAUUUUUGAACGUGUCAUGGUGAUGAUGAAGAAAGAAAUGGCGGACACAGAAAACGAUGUGCCAGAGGAAGAAAGAAUCGUGUUAACAGUAGAAGAAGAGAAGGUUAUAAAAGAGUUUUUGGAAAAAAUCUUCAAACAAGCUAUCGAAAUAGUGCGAAAAGAGACCGAGUGUACUGGACAGGUACAAAACCAGCACAAAGAGAAGAUAGAUUCUGCAGUACCAGAAAAUGGUACCAAAGAACAAGGCAAAGUACAAAGCAAGAUGGAAGAAGAAGAGAAUACAGAAACGUCUUACAGUAUCAGGAGAAAGAUCUCUAAUGUUCUCAAACAAGGAUUUCGUCUGCCAGGGCAUGCCGCUCCAAAAGUCAGACCUGAGCCAGAAAUUGAGAGUAAACAUUCAAUCGAGGAAGAAGAAGACAAGGACAGCAAGAAUUCCAAAUCACCUUACGAGGGAUUCGUUACAUACGGAGGAAAGAAUUCUCGUGGCCACCACGUGAUAUAUGUUGACCCAAUGAAAGCACCACAGAGUCACGUGGUUGGCGAUCAUGAUACUUUUCUAAGACAGUUGGAUAAUCUUCUAACGUUCACCGAUGCUUUCAUAGCAGAGAACACCAAUGGCAGCCACUUUAUUUUGGUGUACCGCUGUCUCGAUGUAUCACAGUCUCACAGCAUGAAACUCAAGUGGAUGACCAAGCUCUAUGGCAGCUUGCGCGAUAGAUAUCUCGGAAAGCUUGAAAAACUCAUUUUCUACAAACCAGAGAUGAAGCUAAAAGCCUUGGUCAAAAUAUGUAAACCUUUUAUGAGACGAGAGCUGUCCAGUAAACUUGUGGUCGUCACAGACCCUGUAUCUUUGGCAAGAGAGCAAUAUCUACCGCAGGUCAUUCAGGAUGAAUAAGUUACGUCAGGGAGACUACGCCUUCAGGCCCAGUCGGUUAACCAUCAGUUACUAUGUUUUUCAGUAAGAUUUAAAAACCUGUUUAUAUAAUAAACCAAUCGACGUUUUGUCUAAGAUAGAUGCCAUUAAUAGUUAUAAGUCAGAUAUAUUAUAUAAGUCAAAUGCUGCAAUCCUAUUUAUUCUCACAUUGCCGCUGUUCACUGUCCUCCAAUCAAUGUUUCUUUGCACAGUUCUUGUACAUGUUCAUAGCCUUCGUUCAGUUUUACUUUACAUUUUAGAGAUUAUAACCGUGUAGAAGUGGUACAUGGACCGCAUGAUUGAGGGGAAGAGAUUCUUACACACGGGACAAUUGUUACGGCACGUAAACACGAAAUUGCGCCGUAUGUCCAACUUCGGUUGCGCGCAGCAUAUUUGACACUAAAAACGGAUGCGAGGGAGACUAGCGACAAUGCUGACCUAAUGCUCUCCGCCAGUGAAGCGCAAUUUUUUUUCGAAAAACAGUGGUGUCUACAAGUGUCUUUAUAGCUGUCAACGCUUCUACCAGUAGAAAACCUCAAUUGGUCCGUGUGAUGAAGUCUCGUUAUUUUAAACCACUUUUUGACUGCCUAAUAUUUAAAUCGAGUAUAGGACUGCUUUUCAUUCAAGCUAGGGGUUGUAUAUGGCACGAUUAUCUUUUACCAGAAGCCGAAGUAUAGAACAAAUGCGUGCUGCGAAAGAUGAACAGAAUUUUAAAAAGUAGUGUUUCUAAUUUUCUAAU